GCAUAUCCACAAGCUACCAACAGUAAAAUUGACCCAAAAUGUCUGAAAACUUGAACGGGAACGGAGUACGGCGCCUAACCAUCACUGUUGCCUGUCUUUCCAUUGCCGUGGUGGCAACCUUCCUACGCUUCUGGUGCAAGAUUGGUCUGAAACAGGGCAUUCAUUGUGAUGACUAGUUCAUUCUCGCAACAACUAUUUCUUACAUGAGGGCGGUCUCAGCAUCAUUAUGGGGUCUCUUUGAGGGAAGAUACGGCAAAGAAAUCGGCGAAAUCAUGGCCAAACUGGCCAAACGCCCUUCUCUCGACACAAUCCGAGGCAUGGAGAACUUCCUUAUGUCCCUGUUCAUCGCCAACACGAUCCUCUACCUCACAUUCUACCUAGCCAAGAUCUUCAUCCUCUUUUUCUACCGCUGCAUCUUUGCGACCCCUGACUUCCGCAGGACCUGUCUGAUCAUCGGGGUAUCAACAGCCUAUUUCAUCGCAGCCCAGGUCGCCAACCUCUGCAUCUGCAUCCCCAUCGACCUCUUCUGGCACCGUACCAAGCGCGGUGGCCGUGGCCUCAACUUCAACUUUAAACUUCAGCCAAGCCGCAUUCUGGGCCAACAUCCACACCGCCACCGUGAUCCUCUGCGCCUGCCUCCCAGUCUACAAGCCCUCCGCAGCCUCGCAAGCGCAGUUCUGACCAAACUCCGAGAUAGCUACGGGUCCUCCAUCCGCCGCCGUUUCCGCGGCCCCGGAUCGAGGAGCAAGCUCAGCGACGGCAGCGGAGAAGUGGUCGUCUCUUAUCCUGGCAACGUCGGGCUGCCGAGUUACCACCACCACCACCACUACCCGUGCUACCUCUCGGGGAACCAUCCUUCCUCUAACAAGGGUUCUGCGAAGGAGUUGAUUGAUAAUGCUUCUUCUUCGGAACCGGAGAGGAAGUAGUGGCGGGAGAAGCUGUGAGUAAAUUAUGAUGACGCAGCUCUGCUUGGUUGACCUGUGAUGGGAAUAGUGGUGUUAAGCAUGGAGAAGAUACCAACGAAAUAGUAGUUCCAAAUUUACCUAUCUAGUGCAGCAUACUGUAUUGAAAACAUGUUAUAAUAUCCCUAUCGCCCC